AUGGCAGCUAAGUUGGUUGUAGUACUCGCCGCCGUGGUCGCCGUGGCCCACUGCUCAGUGGUGCCCGUGGUGGGAGCAGACACCGACUACUCAAGCUUUGCUUACGAUGUGGCCGAUCCCUACAGCGGUGACUUUAAGAGCCAAGUCGAGAGCCGAUCUGGUGGCAAUGUAAGGGGACAAUACUCCCUGUUGGAAGCUGAUGGUACUAAGCGUGUAGUGGACUACGCUGCUGAUGACGUCAACGGAUUCAACGCUGUAGUGCGCAAAGAGCCUGGUGUGGUUGCCACUCCUGUAGCUUCCGUCGCCGCGGUUGCCCCCGCAGUGGCCGCGCCCGCUGUGAUCGCCACCCCUGCCGUAGAUGCUGCUCCCGAAGUGAUCGCUGCCCGUACUUACGCUGCUCCAGCUGUCUACGCUGCUUCUGCCCCCGCAGUCGUAGCCCACUCUUAUGCCCCAUCAGUAUAUGCUGCAUCAGCCCCCACUGUUCUUGCUGCGCGCUCUUACCUCUCUCCAUCAGUGUACGCUUCUGGUCCCCUAGUAGCCUCUCGUUCCGUUUACAGCCCCUCCCUAUAUACCUCAGGCCCAUUAGUCGCUGCCCGUUACGCCUCCCCCUACUAUGCCACAUACGGAGUCCACUCCAGUCCCAUCUAUUGG